AGUGUUCCUGAAGGUGGGGCGGGCGCAACUGUACGUCAGGUCCCGAGCGCCAAGGAAGACCGCGGAGAUUCCCGACAGCUGAGAGGGUAUCCCGGCUGCUGCCGUGUUGUCCGUCCACGAUGGAGUUCCUCCUGGGGAACCCGUUCAGCACACCGGUGGGGCAGUGCCUCGCCUCACGCCUUCUGGAGGGAGCUGCGGAACAGAGGACCCAAAACUGCUUUUGACACAGUUUCCUGCUGCUGACCAGGGACAGCUUUGCUGCAGUGCACAUGUCCCCAGAAGGGUUCAGUCAUUGAAGAAAUACUAGAACAUCUCACCCAUGAAAGAAAAGGCCACAGAUGGCUCCUUGCAGAGCGAGGACUGGACGCUGAACAUGGAGAUCUGCGACAUCAUCAAUGAGACAGAUGAAGGGCCAAAGGAUGCCAUUCGAGCCCUGAAGAAGCGGCUCAACGGGAACCGGAACUACAAAGAAGUGAUGUUGGCAUUAACAGUGCUGGAGACAUGUGUGAAGAACUGUGGCCACCGCUUCCAUGUCCUUGUGGCCAACAGAGAUUUCAUCGACAGUGUUCUGGUCAAAAUCAUCUCUCCCAAGAACAACCCUCCUACCAUUGUACAGGACAAGGUGCUUGCUUUGAUUCAGGCCUGGGCGGAUGCCUUUCGAAGCAGUCCUGACCUCACAGGCGUCGUGCAUAUAUAUGAGGAGCUGAAGAGGAAGGGAGUUGAGUUUCCUAUGGCAGAUUUGGACGCUCUGUCUCCCAUACACACACCGCAGCGGAGUGUCCCUGAAGUGGAUCCAGCUGCCAUCAGGUCCUGGUCCCAGCUGCAGCAGAGGACAAGUUCCGGCUCCUAUUCCUCGCCUCCUCCCGCUCUCUACUCUGCUCCACAGGCCCCAGCGCUGAGUGUGACCAGCCCCAUCACAGCCAACUCAGAACAGAUCACCAGGCUGCGGAGUGAACUGGACAUUGUCCGAGGAAACACGAAAGUUAUGUCUGAGAUGCUAACGGAAAUGGUGCCUGGGCAGGAGGACUCAUCCGAUCUGGAGUUGCUCCAGGAGCUGAACAGGACCUGCCGGGCCAUGCAGCAGCGCAUCGUGGAGCUCAUCUCCCGCGUGUCCAACGAGGAGGUCACCGAGGAGCUGCUGCACGUCAACGACGAUCUCAACAACGUCUUCCUGCGAUACGAGAGGUUUGAGCGAUACAGGUCUGGCCGGUUGGUUCCAAAUGCCAGUAAUGGAGUGCUGAACGAAGUGACCGAAGACAAUCUGAUAGACCUGGGGCCAGGAUCUCCAGCCGUGGUGAGCCCAAUGGUGGGGAGCACAGCCCCCCCAUCUUCCCUCUCAUCUCAGCUUGCUGGCUUGGACUUGGGAACCGAGAGCGUCAGCGGCACCCUCAGUUCACUCCAGCAGUGUCACACUCAUGAUGGCUUUGACAUGUUUGCCCAAACAAGAGGGAACUCCUUGGCCGAGCAACGCAAGACGGUUACCUACGAAGAUCCCCAGGCUGUCGGAGGACUCGCCUCUGCCCUAGACAGUCGGAAACAGAUAUCCGAAGUGAAGAGAGUUAAAGGUGGGGACUCUGACCUGGAGCCCAUAGACAGCUGGCUCAUUACCCAAGGAAUGAUCCCUGUUUCGCAGCCCUCUGUCAUGGACGACAUUGAGGUGUGGCUCAGGACGGACCUGAAGGGCGAUGACCUGGAAGAGGGCGUCACCAGUGAAGAGUUUGAUAAAUUCCUUGAAGAAAGAGCCAAAGCUGCUGAAAUGGUUCCCAACCUCCCCUCACCCCCUGUGGAGGCCCCAGCCCCAGCCUCCAACACUCCCGGCCGAAAGAAGUCUGAGCGAUCAGAGGACGCCCUCUUCACCCUGUGAGCUGGUCUGUGGCGUGGCUCCUCAGAUGGCAGGUCCCUCUUGUCUCCAGCCACUGGCCCUUCUUCCUGUCCUCAGCCCCCACAAGGCCCUGUGGCCCUGUGUUGAUGUCUCCAUGGAAAUGCCGAUGUAUUUGCUUGCAGGCCUCCCACUGGUCAGGACAGCUCUAGCCACCUUUUCUCUGGGUGGUAGGUGGUGGGACAGUAUCGCUGUGACUGGGGGGCGGGGGGGGGGGGCUUCCCAUCCAGAGUCUCUCUCUGCUCAUAGUCCCUCCCAGGAGGAUCAGGCAGCAGGGCCCAGCCUCGGGCAAGGUCACCUGCCCACAGAGAAGGGGGUCAGACCCUGGCCCCUUCCUCCAUAUGCCCCUGCCCCUUCCCUGGCUCAGUAGGUCUCAGGCUGGCCUGCCCUCCCUGCUCCUCUGUUUCAGAAAGGGCUUGUCUGCCCCUGCAGGCUCCAUCUCCCUCCUGGGCUACUGCUUCUGGGCAGGUGUCACCUGGUGGCAUGUGGCAUGCUUUGCACUUUAGAAGGCUCUGUGGGGUGCCUCUGGCAGCUCUCCUCUUGAACCUCUCUUUGGGACUCAGCGUCAGAGCCUGAGACCAGCAGCCCCUCUGGCCCCACAUACUGCUGGCAUCAGGGGAGGCAGGUCUGCCAAUUAGCAAACACUACCGAAAACCAAACUGCCCACACUACACGCUCCGUCCCUCUGCCGCCGUCUGUGGAGGGCUGCCUGGGAGGCCUUGCUCUGUGGGUUUGUGAGCAUUCUGUGCGGUCCUUCAGCCUGGUCCAUGGCAGCCUCUGAGCCCCUGCCUGCAGGGCCCAGCCACAGACAGCUUUGUGCCAUGCUUGGAUCCAAAGCAAAACUAAGGUCUCUCUCCUCCUUGGCUUGGGCCUGGGCCUUUUCCACAGGCUGUUCUGCUUUGGAGUGACAUCCUCACUCCCUCCCACCCCAGGUCCCUCCCCCAAGGCCACAGAUUUGUAUUCUCUCUCCAAGCCAAUCAGCAUAGCUUGGAGUUGCCAGGGCCCCAUGACACCUGCUUCCAUCCUGAGUCCUGGCUGCCGUGUCUCUGGCUGUGGGCGAGGUGCUCCAGGCUCAGUCCAAGCCAGCUUCAGCCUGACCCCUGCCUGUGCUAUUGCUGCUGCUGCUGCUGCCGCCGCCCAAAAACAGCCUGCACAGCAGCUCCACACCAUCCCGUGGUCUCUGGGACCCAGGCCAGUGCUCUGGCCUGCACUGCCCAGGUGUCAGGCCUCACAUGCUCCCACCCCACCAUGCGGUCAGCCUUUCCCACUGGCGGCCAUGCGGGAGGAGGAGCUGGGCUGACACAGGUGAGUGCUGCCUAGCACCACGGCAGCUUCCUCCAGAAAGGAGGCUUUGGGAUCAGGCUAGGGGUCCAUCUGGCAGGAUCAGCUAGAGACGUCACACCGCAGGUCCUCAGAGGACACCCAGAGAGCAGCUGGGGGCUCUGCCAGACCUCCACUCUCCCUCACUCUGGCCCUGGCUAGCCCACACCUCUCCUCACAUUCCCUGAGGGCAGAGGCCCGUAGGCCAAUCUGGACAUUAACAUGUCUGAAGUCCGAAGGCUUGACCUGAGCUUCAGAGAAGGUGGCUGUGGUUGCAGUCAUACCCAGCAACCCCAGGGAGCAUCCCUGGCCCUUCCUUGCUGAUGGCCAGGGCUCACCUUUGCCAGUGUGCCAGCCUGUGCUUGUGGGACGCCAGGCAUCAGGUGGGCAGUCCUGCGGGAGCCACGGCCCCACGGCAGCCGCCCAGUGUCCUGUGACGGAAGAGCCAGCCUUCGCCUCUUGUAGGAGAGGAAGUCUCUACAGACCAGGGUCUGAGGGGAGAGUAGGCUCCUGGCACCAAGUGAAGCUGAAGCUUGCUUCUGCUUUGGGGGACCGCAGCACAGCUGCACCUAAUGCAUACCCACGGUCCAGAGCUGCCCCAGCUCCAGCUGGGUAGCAGGGGCUGGUGGACUUGUGCCUGCUGGCAAGAAGGCAUUGCACCAUACACGGUAGUGUCACCUGCCUUCCGGGCCUGGAGCCACCCCUCCGGCUCACACAUCAUCUCCAGAGGCAGUCUGCCCGGACACUGAAGCACGUGAUGCAUGCCUAGGCCUGCACAGGAAGCACAGAUAGGCCCAGGUGCCAGCCCUUUUUGUCCUGAGGCCAUAGGCUUCCUGGACUGAGUCCCCUCCAUCUUCCAUCUGGGAGCAGAGCCCUCUAGGAGAGUGGAACCCUCCCAAGCUACCAGCCUCUCCAGUAAGUGUUAGAAAUCACAGAUAAAGUGUGUACUUAAUGACACUAAAUUAUUUCUGCAAUUCCUUAUAAGCACUAAUUAUACCUGAUUACAGGUUAAAGUAUUUAUUUUGUCAAAAUAUUCUGUUGGGGACAUGUUUAACCUUUUGUGUGUUCACUGUGUGCUGAGACAUGGAACCUAACCAUUUUCCCCGCCAGCCUUUCUGACAGUAGACCAAAGGGACGGCAUGAGGUGCGGUCUGACCCAGGGCACUGGUGGGCCUUUGGCCAGAGUGUCCCUGCCCGGGAUCCCAGGCACCCAGCAGGGAUGCCAGGUCUCAUCAGCAUGCAUGGGACAGAGUUCAGAGCUAAGAGGGCUUGUUGCUGGCCUGAGCUGGGGAGGGGAAGGGACUGGUCAUCUUGCCUGCCCUGGCUCACAGCCCUUCCCUUCCUCACCGGGGUCCAGAGCAAGAGUUUCUAGGAGGUGUGGGACCUGUGCUGUCUCUUGGCCCCUCAACUGGAAGAGUGGCAGCAAGGUCUCUUGUGGCCACCAGAGAGCUGCAGACACUGACUCCUCCGAGAUCACUUGGGCAGAUGCUACCCGUUGUCCCCACUCUUGCUCCGCUUCCUGCCUCCACUCCCCCAGUUCGCCUCUCCGGACAGUGCUAACUCAGUCCAGCCCGAUGUGAAGUGGGGAGGCUCCAGGGGGCUGAGCGCCAGCCAGGGAAAGGCGCCCUGGAAGAGCACUGGGCCGGCAGUCUGGCCUCAUGCAGCCUGCUGUCUGUCUCCUGUGAGGACCAGGAUUCCUCUCCCCUGUCCACCCGCAGGGGGAACAGCCAGCUUCACCACCCAUGACUAAGGGCGUGUACACCCAGAGAAUGCCCCCGUGGUACCCUCCUCUCCCAGUGCCUAGCCUGCCUGCGGGGCCCAACCAGUCUUCCCCUGUAGCACCACCCACCGACCCCAACAACUGUCAGCCCCAGGGUCACACUGCUUCUUUCCUGGAAAACCUCCAGCCUCUCCUGGAGAAAGGAGGAUAGAUGUUUAUGUCCUAAAGUCUGCAGUUCGUUUGUGAGGGUUCUCAGGGUUGUUGGGGACUGUUGAGGAAAGGAAUGUGUUGAGUCUGUUGUCCACUCAUCCCCGAGGUCUGGUGUUUCAUCGCUAUUGUGUGUUUCUGCAGGCAGAGCCAGCUCUGGAGGGCAGGUCAGUGCCCUGGAGGUUCAGUGCAACACCAGAGUGCUCGCCCACCCACUGGCUCUCCUUCCAGACAGUGUCUUUCGAGUUUGGGUUCUUGCAUGUAAAGUAUUCCACAAUAAACAAACAAACAGCUCGUUCCUCUGUGA